CUUUCAUAGGAGUACCCAGCUUGUUGAGGGCAAUUGGCUUACAGAUUGUAAACCGCUUCAAGAGUGCUGAGUUCAUUGAUAAGCAAUAUAAAAACGUAAACACUAUUGCUAUUGCAUUUGCCCUGGAAGAUGUUACUUCAAAGGCAACCAACAAAGAGCAGGUCAUGAUAAUUGAACCUGGAUAUGACUAAGUCGUGUGUGAUACAUCCUCAACGGAAAAUGCUGGAUGAAAGAGUACAUCCAGAUGGUGAUACGAAUACUUUAAGAGCAGUCUCAUCCCAUAAAGUGCAGAGGAGACAUUUUAAUAUGUGUGUAAGAUCUAUUUAUGGAAAUAAUAAUGGCUACUAUAAUUCUCAGUUACAUAUAUAUGGAGAGUCAAUGUGGUGUGAAUGUUAGACUAGGUGGUUGUUCACAUGGGACUAAAGGCCUGGCUUUGCAUUGUCUAGAUUAGAUUAUGUGGGCCAAAAACCCCAGGGCAUGUUCAGGCCCGAUCUUGCCUGUUCAGACGCAGAUCCAGAGAGGCUGACCUGACCCUUGGGUAAAUAACUUUAUCCUGGGGUAAUUAACCCCUGGUUUUGUGUAGAGUUUCUAGGACAGUCAAUAUGGUUCUCCUAAAUCAAAAUUUAAAAAGCCUACCUGUCGGUUAUUCCCUCUGAUAUCACAGUGAAGCUCUCAAGCAUAUGUUAAUUGUUGGGUGCCUCAUUUUCAACCUCAGAGGCUGCAACUUGUACCAGUACUGAUGCUGGGUGGCAUAGAGGGACUCUGGUCACUCCAGAAUGCGCAGGUAAGGGGGGAAAUUAAGGCAGCUUCAAGGCCAGAAUACUCAGGUAUUGUGGCUAGUAUAGACAUUCCCCCCCCAAACCUUUUUGUCUUUUCCUCCAUCUAUUUUCUGCUUUUGCACGGUUCUUAAUUUUACUGUACAGCUGACUCUCCAUUUCCAUGGAUUCAAACAUACACGGCUUGAAAAUAUAAGGGACAUCCUAUUACAUUCUGUUUAAUGGGACUUGAGCAUCCACGGGAGGUCCCAGAACCAAACCCCAGCAAAUACCAAGGGUCCACUGUCUUUCCUUAGUCAUGGAAACCAUGUACUAAUUUGUGAAUCAAAUACUCAAAGAAUUAAAGCAGAGAGUGAAAAUACUGGAAAUGCUAGCAAAACAAAACAGUUUUCUAUAGAACAACCAUCUUAAUGCCAUGACCCUUUAAUACAGUUCCUCAUAUUGUGUUGACACCCAACCAUAAAAUUGCAGUGUCUCAGUUCCUAAGACCAUCGGAAAAACGCGUUUUUCUGAUGGUCUUAGGAGACCCCUGUGAAAGGGUUGUUUAACCUCCAAAGGGGUCGCGAUCUGCAGCUUGAGAACUGCUGCUCUGCUGCUCUAGAACAAUGGUUAUACAUUCUUUAGGGGUUACAGAGCCUUUUGAGUAAGUUGAUGGGUCUGAGAUGUCACUAUUUAAAACUUUCCUUUAACAUUCUGGGCCGCCUAAUGUAACAUUGUUCUGGAGUAGGAAAUUAAAAUGGCAGCUUCCUAGAUGUCGAUCACUGCUGCCACAUAUGGGUGGAUAAGGGUCCAAUGCAGGUCUUAACCAAGCUCUCUCCUCAAACUGCAACAUGCUGUGAACAAACCUAUACAUUUACAGGGUGGGGAACCUUGCAGACUUCCAGAUAUUGUUGAACUACAACCCUCAUCAGCCUUAACCAGCAUAGGCAGGGACGAGGAAUCCUGGGACUUGCAAGCCAAAAAACAUAUGGCAGGCCACAUGAUUUAGCACAUAACGAAGUAACUUCAUAGUUUGCACCCUGCUGUCAGAUAGGAUUGCUUGGGAAAUUUGAAUUUUUCACUUGAGUUGUUUUUGAAGACUUACAUUAAUUAAUUUGGAUAAAUUAGAAUGUAUUUACUGCUUGUUACAAGAGGAAGUAUCUUUGCCCUGUAGAAGAGCCCAUGCUUUCAAUUCCUGACCUUUCUAGGUAGUGAUGGAAAAGAAUGCUUUUUUGAAACCUUUGGGAACCCCUGCAAGAUGGACAAAAAGUAUAAGGCAUCUUCUUUGUUUUAUUCAUGUUCUCCCAGCACAGGAGAAUAUGACUCCUGCCCUAGAAUCUGAAUAGUUGGCAUACAACUUACCUAAGAGUCAGCUGGUAUUUUGAGCUACAUUUUUCCAUAUGUUAGUUAUCCUGAAAGCCACUCAUGCAUGUUUUAAAGAAAGUCUUAAUACUGAAACAGAGCACUUUGCUUUGUUGCCGAGUAGGAUGAAUUAAAAGAAAAGGAGGUUUUACUGUCUUGGCACAUGUGAAAGCUCUGGUGACCAUCUGUGGAAAAUUUCAACGUUUGAAAACCUUGCUAGCUCAUUACCUUGUGUCAACAGUGAUGGCCUAUUCACUAUUGCUGGUUACAGGUGGUUAUUAUGACUGAAUGCAGAGCACAGCUUAGGGCAAAAUCUGCUAAGCAUAAUAUUUCUUGCCAGAAAGUGAACCUGGAUACUGUCUCAAUUACCUCUUUUAACCUUUUUUUCUGCCAAAGAAUAAUUUUCAUAUAUUCGGCUGAAAGAGGAUCUGUUUUGCACCUUGAAAAGAUCUCAGAUCCAAAGGAUCUGCGUAUGUAGUUACAAUUAAUGGCUCUCUCAGAUGUCACUUUUAUGAAAAAUGGGAAAGAUGAAUUUUUAAAUUUUAUUUUAUUGGCUCAGUACUUACGUUUUUCAAAGUGCUAAAUGAUGCUAAUCUAAAAGAUCUUUUUCUGAUUCAUUAAACUUUUAAAAACUUUGGCUUGAUGACCUUCUCUGAUUCUACGGCUUGACUUCGGACUGGUAACGGACUUCUCUUACCAUGGCCUCCUUCAAGCAAUGCACCAAGUGCGGGGUGAAAAUCCCCAAGGCCGACGGCCACGACAAGUGUGUCCUCUGCUUGGGGGAGGCACAUGUUCAGGCCAGUUGUGCCCACUGCAAGGCCAUGUCCGCCCAGGCCCUCAAGAACAGGGAUCGGACACUCAAGGCCGCCCUCUACGAGAGGGUUCUCAGCCAGCCUGGCGGUUCUGGAGCCUCUGGGGAGUCGGAUGCCCCCAAAGCUCCCAAGAGAAAAGGGGAUAAGCGCUCCGAUCGGGACAAGAAGCGGGCUCGUUCAUCCUCGCCGCCUUCUAAGAGCCGCCGUAAGGGGCCUCCAAGCACGGUCUCAGUGCCUCCGCCUGAGUCGAGGCCAGUACCGUCGACAUCGCCUGUUGCUGAGCCGGUGAAAACCCCGACUCCGUCUUUACUGGCCCCUUCCUGGAUGGUGCUGCUCGAACCCAGAGUCCUCCUCACCAGUCACCUCUCUGUACCGGCAGAUAGCCUACAGAUUGUGAAUGUGGACUCUGAAUCGGAAGGAGAGCUCCAGGACUCCUAUGCUCCAUUCUCUCCUCAAAGGCCGAGGUCAAAAUCUCCUUCGCCCUCACCAAGGAGAAGGCCACGCUCUGCCUCACGGGACCGGGCUACGCUAGGUACCAAAGCUGAUGAGGCUCUGGCUGCAGACCAUCCUGCCCCUACAUCCUACCCCUACAGAGCAUGAUCGGGACCUCUUCCAGGCGUUCCCGGAUCUCAUUCACGACCAGCACACGGGACAGUACCUCAUCCCGGUUGACCCGUCCCGUCUGCGUCGUAACCUUCGUGCUCAUUCACGGGUCCGUCGCCCGGAUGAUGAAACCUCCCGCCGGGAUGACCGGGACGAUCUUGGGGCAUCCGAUCCUCUCUUCAGACGACGCAGCCCAUCCCCCUCGAGGUCCGGCUCGGGUUCUCCUCGUUAUGUGUCUCCCAUCUCGGAUGAAGACGCCCCAUUUGUGCCCGAAGGCCCUUCUGUCCCGUCGCCCAUGGAUGACGUCCGGGCCUUUGCCGACAGGAUCAUACGGAUGGCUGAUGCUCUCAAGCUGGAAGUCGCCCAUACGGAAGAUGUUGCCCUUGACCCGGUGGAGAGGAGGAUCCACGGCUCGGCUCCAGCUCCUCCAGCCUUGGCUUACUUCCCGCCACUGGAAAAGAUCGCGAAGCGUUCCUGGGACUCCCCAGCCACCAUCCCGUCGACGUCUCGCAAGAUCAAGAACCUGUACCGGGUUACUCCGUCGGCCCCGUCCUGGCUGUCACACCAUCCCAAGCUGAAUUCAGCUAUUGUGGAAGGUGCCCAGUCCACCUUCGUCCCCAAAACCUCUUCUUCGCCUGUCGACAAGGACAGCAAGAAGCUGGACGGUCUGGCAAAUAAAUUCUACGCCUCGGCGGCCCUCGACCUCAAGAUCGCCAACUACGCGGCUUGCAUGGGGGCCUACGUCCAGUUCCUGGUGGAGAAGAUGGACCCCACCAUUGCUGACCUGCCCGAUGACAGGAGGCGUAUGAUGGCGGCUCUCAGGAAUGAGACCCACCUGAUGGCGGGACAGCAGAUCAUCUCUGCCAGGCACUCCAUGGACUGUGCAUCUAAGAUCCUCUCUGGCUCCAUAGCUCUCCGCCGCUAUGCAUGGCUUCGGUCCUCAGAUCUCACCCCUCAGGCGAAGGAGGCUAUUGAAGACAUGCCCUAUGACAACUCGGGCCUCUUCAAUAGGGACACGGACGAGAAGCUUAGCUUCAGGUACCGGAUGAAGACCGCGGCUAGAAAGCACGGAAGACCUCUGGUUCGUGACGCUAGACUUAAAAGAUGCCUACUUUCACAUAGCGAUCCUGGAGGACCACUGCAAGUUCCUCGCCUUCGCUGUCGGACACCAGGCUUACCGGUACAAGGUCCUUCCCUUUGGCCUUUCCACAGCUCCAAGAGUCUUCACCAAGUGCAUGGCGCCCGUGGUGGCAUACCUGCGUCAAAGGGGCAUCACAGUCUUCCCAUAUCUGGACGACUGGCUAUUCGCAGCAUCCUCAAAGGACACCCUCCUCAAGCAGCUGGAUGUUGCCCUGCCCCUGCUGCAAGCACUGGGACUACAGGUCAAUUUCGACAAGUCCAACUUGACUCCUACCAAGCGAAUAGACUUUUUAGGAGCAACGCUGGACUCUCGGCAGAUGAGGGCAUUUCCACAUCAACGUCUUGGAAAUGCUUGCCGUGAAGAAAGCAC